GUUUGAUUCUCAGUAGCCAGCAGUUGGGGUACACUUUUGUCAAGUUUAUCGGUGGAACUCUCGCAGAUAUACUUGACCCUGGACUGACCUUCGUGACAUGUCUACUGCUGACAGGCAUUACCUGUGCUGCUUUCACAGCUGCAGCCUCUGUGAGUUUGUUUGCUGUGAUUUGGUUUCUCUGUGGCAUGGCUCAAGGACCUGCAUGGUCUGCUUGUGCAGUACUGCUGAAACAGAACUUUCCACCUGAUCAGUUUGCCACUUGGUGGAGUAUUUUGUCCACUUCUAGUAAUGUGGCCGGUACUGCAGGACCAUUUGUGUCACAAGCGAUUGUUAGUGCAUUUAGUUGGAGGGCUUCUCUUCUUACAGCUGGAAGCAGUUUCAUCAGCAGUCAGGAAGUUGGAGGAAUUAUGGGAUCAAUACUGACAGGCUACAUAUCAGACUAUUUGGUUUCCAAGGGUGAAAAAACAACUAGAUCAAGAUUAAAAAUCAUAGUUUUACUGUCAGUGCUGGAAACACUGGGACUGUAUUUACUUAUUUUCCACACCACCCACCAGUCCUUCCAGAUCUUUAUGAACUUUUUUGGCUUUUUGGUUGGCUUUGGGAUGUAUGGAAUCAUUUCGCUGCUUGGUGUUGCCUCUAUGGAACUUGCACCUGAAAACUUAUCUGGCACCGCACAUUCCCUGGCCACCCUUGGCGGAAACAUUGGUCGUGUGAUGGCAGGAUAUCCACUGAGUGUUAUCGCUACCUGGAGGACAUGGCAUGAGAGCUUCCUGGUAGUUUUGUUGGUCAGUGUAGCCUGCAUCGUUGUGUCCAUUGUGUGUCUACAAAUGCUUCAGUCCAGAGAUGUAGCAAAGAGGAAGUCAGAACAUAGUGCUUAA